AUGACUUCAGUUAGAAUCGUACUGCUGUUGCUUGCGAGUGCUGUUGAAAUAUCACCCCAGUGCACACCUGUUUGUGAGUCAUAUCAUUUCUCGACCUUCCCUACAGUGAUCGAAGACGGCAUCACGCACUCCUUCGAUCUAUCUACAAAUGGUUCUUGGCUUCAACCCUUGAACAGUGAAAUACACAAUAUGUCUUUAUUCACCUUGGGUUGCGAGGGGAUUGCUGAGAGCAUCUGCAGACUGUACAUUGAGGGUAAUGUUGAUGGCAAUUUCACAGGAAAUUUCACUUGCAAUGAACUACACAGCGUAAGGGGAGAAAAAGUUAUAUUGGCGCUGGAAAUGGAGUCACAGGAGAAUGGAAGCUACUCUUGCUUGAUGCUCAUAGAAUCUUUUGUGUUUGAAUCAACAUCCAACGUGAGUCACCUUAGCGUGAGACGUGCAUUUGGGAAUACUUGCAUUGUUGUAAUAGAGGGCUGCUUUCCACCUUGCUGUGGUAGUACAGGAACUAUAACUCGUGUUACAUUUGGGCAAUUUCGAUACUGGCCGGACGGAAUAGAACAAUGCUACAAAAUUAAUAUAAGCAUGGCAGAAGGUGAUGCUAUCGCUAUAUACGACGACAAUUUACUACCUUCUGUGACGGUUAGGGUGACAGGUGAGCAAAAUUCUCACAUAAAUCUCUCACUGAUGAAUAGUGAUUUGGAUAAUCUUCAAUAUUGCUUCAAAACAUGCACCAAAACAAUUGACAUUGGUCGUGACCUUACUACACUAAAUUAUACCAAAGGUUGUUUCAGUGUCAAUGUCACACUAGUAUUCCCGAAACCCAUGGAUCUUCAAACGAUGCUGACAUCAUACAGACCUUAUUUCACAUACUGCAUGGAAAAGAUCUCAGACAAUGAAAUGCAUAUAGAAUGUGUUGGUUUCAAUCCAGAAGACAAAAACUUCCAUGAAAAAAUAGUUCUUGAAAUCUCUCAUAGUGGUGAUUGUGAAGCAGAUUACAGUUUGAAGUUUGGAACAUCUGAAACAGUGCCCUGUAUGGACAAGAGAUGUCAGAAAGUAGAGUCAUUUAAUAUAAAGCUCUGUCUGACAUUGUGCAUUGAUAAUGUUGCAGUCAACGAUGAUGCUGUGCCCUUGUGUGAGAAUGUUGCCAAAUAUUCUCUUCAGAGUUCAUUCCUUACCAGCGACAAUGUAACGGUUGUUCUGGAAGUUCUAGAAGCUCUGGCUAAUGUAUCUGGACCAAAGCAUAUAGCUGCAGUAAAUAGCAUCAUGAAUGAGCUUCUUAGUGAGCUACAAAAGGAACAAAACAUUCAUCUUAUCUCCGAGGAGACUGGAGACGCAUUGCUGAAUGCUCUUGACAAUGUACUCAGAGAUUCCAUUGCUAAUAAUUCCGCUGCUAAAGUUGAAUUUGCACCUUUCCUGCUUGAUAACCUGGAAACAGUUGUGAGGGUUGUUGCAAUGGCCCUAAAACAGGAGGUUUUUUCAUCAAGUUAUGAGUACACGGGAAAGAAUGCAAUUGUGUACGCAUCCAUUUCACUGAUCAGUAAUGAAGGGGACCACCUUUUCCCAAACCCAGGGGAAAAUGUUGGCAUGAGUGCUGUGAGAAUGAAGAUACCUAUGGAACUCUUAUGCACAUCGGCACUAGAUGAGGAACAGUCAGAUUGUGAAGCUGUGGUUGGGUCCGUCAUUACUAAAAACCUUCCACAGUUCUUGGAUGAGUUUCGCUCUCCGAAUGAAAAGUUUGUAAACAGCCUUCUUUUGUCUACGCUGAUUGAUUCAAGUGUAGACUUUAGGCACCGUAUAAUGCAGGAACCUAUUGCCAUCUCUUUUACACCAACACCACUGAAUUCAAAUUUCUCAAACGAAACUUGUGUUUUCUGGGAUCCAGUCAAAAAAAAAUGGUCAUCAGAAGGGGUAUACACAUCUGGCAGUGCUCAACAAAACGGAGAGACAAUAUGCAUAACCACUCACCUAACUAGUUUUGCAGUCCUGGUCAAUCCAAAGUCUUCUGAAACUGCGGUUGAAAUCAAGGCACUAGGAAUAGUGAGCUACAUUGGGUGUGCUAUUUCUUUAGCUUGUCUCUUAGCAUCCCUGCUGAUAUUCUUGGCUCUUGGAAAAAAACUGAACAAAGGAGUUCUCCUAUAUAUUCACAUAAAUUUCAGUAUAUCACUGUCCUUGGCUCUAACAGUGUUUGUUGUUGGAAUUGAAUCUGCAACAUCUCAUCAUUGGAUGUGUACAGCGAUCGCAGCACUGCUGCACUACCUGUUUCUCUCUGUGUUUUGUUGGAUGUUGGCAGAGGGCAUUAUGCUGUAUAUGUUGGUGGUUAGAGUGUUUGGCAGUGUAGCUGAAAAGUGGCACUACCUCCUACUGCUUGGUUGGGGUUUGCCUCUGCCAGUAGUUGCCAUAUCUCUAGGCAUUCGAUACGACGACUAUGGUACUGAAACAUAUUGCUGGCUAUCAAAUUCAAAAGGAACUUUUUGGGCAUUCCUUGGACCUAUAAUUCUCAUUAUUGGGAUCAACUGCGUCAUCUUAGUUGUGACUGUGGGAAGUAUGAUUCGAAGUAGAAGAAAAUUUCUUGGCAACAAAGACAGCAAGAACUGGAGACUCGCAAUAACUGCAGUGAAAAGUACAUUCAUCCUACUGCCUCUACUGGGGUUAGCAUGGAUAAUCGGCCCCUUUACCUUGUUGAAUAACACUGGGAUGCUCUCUUGGAUAUUUGCAAUCUUAAACUCAUUGCAGGGGGUUUUCUUCUUCAUUCUUCAUGUUCUACGUAAUGAUAAGGUGUAUGACACCAUUAAGAAGUGUCUGAGAUGUAUCCCUGCAACUGUAAUGGAGAAGCCAUACAAUCUCAGAGGAUUGUCUUCUAACAUUACGCUUGCAUCUGCUGAGUCGGUGGCGACUGCAAGUACUAGUGAAGGAAUUAGUCAGUUGGAUUGUGAGAGGGUUGCAAGUCUACCAUUCAAUAUCAGGAUAUACCAGAGAAAGACUAGUGAAGGAAGUGCAACAUCAUUAGGUCAUCCGACAAUUUCAGUAUUCGAUAACUGAUGCUCAAAUUACAGGUUUAAUUUAGUACCUGCACUU